AUGGAAACCGGUAAGCCACCUGCUGUCACUACCACCGACGUCCCCUUCAACGACCCUUCCGACUGCGUCGAUCUAGUCAUACGCACAGCCGAUAAUGUCGACUUCUUCGUCCUCAGUGCACUGCUAUCGCUGCGGUCCCCAUCAUCAUUCUUUCGUCAGGUUUUGCAAGGCAGCAAGCACACAGAAGAGAGAGACGGUCUUCCCGUGCUCGAAGUGACAGAGGAUGGCGAUACAUUCCGAAAUAUCCUCCUAUUCUGCUACCCAUACAUCACCCCCAAAUUUGAAGACGUCCAGAAGUUCCUGGCAGUGGGAGUGGCGCUGGACAAGUACUGUAUGGAUCUUGCGAUGGGGAGGUUCGUCCAAGCCGUGCUCGCGUCAUCCCUGAUUAGCGAACAACCAUUACGGGUAUUCGCUCUAGCGGUCGUCAAUGGAUGGAAAGAAAUAGGGGAAGCGGCUGCUAGGAAUACUCUUGCCACACCUCUCAAUCAGGCAAUAUCAGAUGUCGAGGAGCUGAAUACUAUUACUGCUCGCCACCUGUAUCGUCUUCAAGAUUAUCAUACACGGUGUGGAAAGGCAGUUCAGAUUCAAGCAGAGUCAGGAGCGUGGCAUCCUUGGCUUAGCAGAAAGACUUCUGGUCUUACGUUCCUGCGCCGUGACUCUAGAAGAUGUCAAUGGUGUAGUACCGUAUAUGAUUUCUCGAUGCACGCAGACGGCGCAGGGUUCUAUAGCCAUCCAUGGUUGUCCGAUACCUAUUUUCGGCUGGUGAAUGCGAAGGUGCUACUGGAGCCCUGGCCACAGGUUCUGGAUGAUCAUAUCAUUGAUCAAGCCAUUCUCGCAAGCACCAAACAAUGCGGUCGAGACCAGUGGACCGAAGUCGCUGGCAGUCAAAUUCGCCUUCUCGGAAAGAUACUGGCAGAGGAAAUCGACAGGCGAAUUUCAGAGGUUCCCUUGCAUAUUGAGUGGCGAAAGUGA